UGUAAAAUAAAUAAAUCAAUCCUGUAAUUUGAAAACACACGAAGAGAAAUCCUAAUCACUAUAAAUAUACUACUACAUUCUAAUCUUUGUAAUUGUAAUCAAACUUUCUUUGGGUAUUCAGAAAACGCUCUUCGUUUUCCUUUUUUUUUUUUUAAUUCUUAAAACAAAUCGAUUUUAUUUUAUUUUUAUUCUUUAAUUAGAAUACAAAUUAUUUUGUUUAUUAGAAUUGAAUUUGAUGGAUAAUAAGAUCAAAGUGGAAGAAGAUGUUGAUAAACCAGAUUGGAGAUUAACGUUUUCGAGUGAAUCUAGACAAAAAAUUGUUGCAAAGGUAGAGGCAUCUUUAUGGAAGUGUAUUUCCAAUCCAUCUCCGGAUAAAUUUCAAGAGAUCAAGGAUGCCGCUGCAAAAUUUGAGGACAAGAUGUUCAGUAUUGCAAGCAGCACGGAAGAUUAUGACCGUAGAAUAACGACAAAGAUGCUCAAAGUGAACAAGACCACCCCGACUGGAGAAGCUAGUUCUUUACCAUCAAACUCAUCUUGCAGUAGCCAAAUUACUGAUUUGGCUUCUCACAGCGUGCAAUCUCAAGUAAGAAACCAGUCAAAGUCGUCACCAGUUCCCAUGGCUAAUCAAUCUCAACCCACACAACAGAGGCUGUUAUUAAAUAAUAUGGAAAAUUCCAUGUCUUCUCCAGGAAUCCAGAAUUCUGGGAAUUUGGUGUCUCUUCCUUUAGUAACAUGUCUAACUGAUAACCCAGUGGCUAAUAGUCUAGGGCAAAGCUGUGAGAUGCAGAUCACUCCAGGAAUGUCACAAACACAAAAUACAUUUUCAAGUUCACAGAGACAGGUUCAUGAAAGGCAACAUUUGCAACAGGUUGUUGCCCAACAGCAUCUGCAGUCCCAAAAUCAAAAUCAGUUUGUAUUUCAGCAGCAGUUUCAACAUCCGGGUAUGAUGAAACAUAGAGGAAAUAUUCAAACUCAUUCAAUGCACCCACACGAUCCACAACAGCAGCAGCAUAAUCUAAUGCAGCCAAUUCAGACGUCAUCAAGUCAACAGCAAACACAAUCUCCAAUGGUACAAUCGGCUACACAAACUGGGGUCGUACAAAACCAACAAUCUUCUGCUCUUCAGCAACAUUCACAGUCAGUUCAAUGGCAACAGCAAUUGCAACGUUCUUUACACGAACAACAAGCUUCAAUGGCUCAACCAAUCAUGGUCUCAUCUCAGCAGAAACAACAGCUAAUUGGGAAACAAACUGAUGAAAGGAACUUUCAACAUAAUCAGCCUUUUGGGCAGCCAAACAGUACAAUGGAACUGCAGAAACAACAACGACAGAAGUGGCUUGGACAGCAAACUAAUUCUUCAAGUAUGCAACAUCAACAGCAGGUAAUGUCUCAGCAAAACGACAUCUCAAGGUUUCAUCAGCAGACGUUGGGGCUGCAGGGAAAUGUAUCUGGACUAAAGCAGCAGCAGCAAUUUGGAAACCAAUCCGGUGUCUCAAAUAUGCAGACCCAUCAGCAGUCGAUGCACAGCUUGCAUCAGGCUAAAUCUGCAACACAUCAGCAAUCACAACAAACAUCUUCGAUGUUGUUAUCGUCGCCAGGGAAGCAAGCACAAUCUUCGAGACAGCAACUAAUGGUUCAGAGUCAACAACAAAAACAAAUGCAACAACAACUGGCAUUGGAAAACAAGUCAAACUCAUUUCAAAGAGGAGCGCUUCAACAUCAGAAUUCUACUGAAUGGCAAAGGCAAUUACUUCAAUUACAACAAGGUAGUCCUGAGCCCUCAUCAACAUCAACAGAUACAAUGGGUUUAAGAGGAUAUUCAAGCGUCAGUGGUGAUGUGCAAGAUGAAGUCCUUAACAAGGUUAAAUUCAUGAUGGAAACAUACCUUCCUCAGUUGAAUGAAAUAAUUCACCGGAUCAAUAUUAAACUUCAGCAGGCGAAGCCUGAAGAGAUUGAUAUUCUCAAAGGUACAAAGAGUAGGGGAGAAAUGUCAACAUUUCUUGCGGAUUGCCACUAUUGGUUCUCGUCAAUUGUCUCUGGAAAAGCUGAUUCCUUACGAGAAACAGAUUCUUACUUUUAUCAGUAUGCCAAACAUUAG